GCUCUCCGAAAGUCUUGUAUGUAAACAAGGUCAGGUAUUUUGCUGCGGCAUACCGCGUCUGGUGACAGACACUGGAAGAGAGAUCGGCGAAUUUAAGAAAAUAAUCUCAAACACUCCGUUAAUCCGCGGCCCAGGCCCCACUGGAAACGCUUGCCAAGAUGAUGCAGUGUCUUCAGUUCCUAGUGGAACCAGCCAAGAACAUCACUGUCAAGCUCAAGGAGUCUCGUAAGCGGGCGAAGAAUGACAAGAGAGAGCCUCUGGACGAGAGCCAGCUGUUCAUCAUGCAGCUGGCCAAAGACCUGAGCAGAGUGUGUCAGAGGUCUGAGGUGCUGGAGCACAUCUCUACCUGUGAGGACGUGUGGCCGUCUCUCACCUGCAGAGCCGUGAUCCUAGAGUGGGCUUCACUUCUGGAGAGCAAGAAUCGUCCGGAGCAGACUGACGGCUGGCCAGAGUUCUGUGAGUGGAGUGAUCUGGCCUUGAGCAGUGAGGUGGAUAUGGAGAGCGCCAAGAGAGUCAUCAUCAACUGGACCAAGGAGAUCAGAGCCAUACCUGAGCAGAUGGUGUGGCCUGGGGAGGCGAUGGUGGCCAUGCUGGAUGAUCUCGAGGCUCAGUGGCGUCGGGGGAAGGUGGGCACCCUGCAGACGGCCAUGGAACUGGUCCUCUUCACACUAGUCAACAGAGGACAAGACAAGGAAAAAAUUCCACAGCAGUGGCUGAUCUGGAAACAGAGGAGCCAAAAAAUAGGUGCUGCCCCCUACAUUCCACAUACGGUGUGGGCCUGGAUCUCUGAUGCGGGAGUGGAGGUGACCCUUGACCUGGACACAGCGAACCCUGACCUCAUGAUCUCGGACGAUGAUAAACGCAUGCGCUGUGGCUUCGAGCGCAAGGAGGUGCCCAACUAUCACCAGCGCUUCGACGGGUGGUGGUGUGCCGUGGGCGUGGAGGGCUUCUCCAGCGGGCGCCGCUACUGGGAGGUGGAGGUGGGCGAGAUGGACUGGCGUCUGGGCGUGGCCAAGGAGUCUGCCCUGCGUAAGGGCUUCAAGUCUCUGAACACCAACACAGGCUACCUGACCCUCCGGCUGGAGCGCGGCACGGUCCUGAAGGCGCUGACGGUGCCGUACACCGCGCUGCCGGGCAGCCUGAUCCCGCGGCGCGUGGGCGUGAUGCUGGACCACGAGGCGGGCCAGCUCAGCUUCUACGACGCCAACGAGCGCGCCCACAUCUACACCUACAACCAGAGCUUCGACGACGACGAGAACCUCUACCCGCUCUUCGGGACCACCGAGAUCAUCAAGGACCUGGUCAUCCGCUCGCCCGUGCCACGCGACACCUGCAUCUGCCCCGGCAUGUGCCUGUGGGUUUGAGGGGUGUGUGUGUGUGUGUGUGUGUGUGUGUGUGUGUGUGUGUGUGUGUGUGUGUGUGUGGAGGGGUAG